GUAUAUACUUCGUUUGCGGCUACCUCGCGCCUAAACUCUACUGUCAUCAUGCACCGAGUUGAACGCAUCGAAUCGAGUGUGUUUUCGCGAUGCGCGACGAUUCCACGCUGAUUAAGUUGAAGCAUAAUACAAGUAAUAAAAGAAACUAUAAGUGACGUGCGCGUUCGUUCGAAUAUUCGUACUUCCAUCUUUUGAAAGUUUCAAAGGUUCAAACUGCAUGCCCGGCAUCGAGCGGCACCUCGAAAGGAAAGAUUACAUCGAUCUAUUCUGUUUUGAGACCCAAUCGCAUGGUAAACAAAGGAUUGUAGUUGUGUGCACUGAUCGGUGCCGGUAGAAACCGGUUCGAUUACAAUAGUAGACAUUAAUGCGUAAAAGGGAUAAUAUUUAUGUUCGGUGGUACGUGUGGUACUCAGGACGAUUCGAAGAAUAGAUGAAAUUGAUGAGAGAUUGAACCAGAAUAGAGAAGAAAAUAUGACUGCUACAGAAGAAACUGAACCACUAAUUUCAUCGAGAGACUUUGCUAGUUUUAGCGGAAGUAAAUCACAAACGGUCUCGUACAAUGCGAUCUCAAUGGGAGAAGGAAAUGGAAAAACAGCAGCAUCGUGUAAGACAGCUUCCGAUACAUCGUCGUUCAAACUAAAGCCCAUCUUACAUUCUUCGAGUACAGCGGUAACACCGUUGAUAGCGACGUUGAUACCUCGUUGUAUCGAAAACGAAUCAAUUACAUACACAUGGAGUGAUUUGAACGUGUAUGCUGCCAAAAGAGACGAGAAGCCAUGGGACAGUCUUUUAAGGAGAAAGAAACCAAUCGAAAGAAGACACUUGUUGAAGGACGUGUGUGGAGUAGCAUAUCCAGGCGAAUUAUUAGUAAUUAUGGGAUCAUCGGGUGCUGGUAAAACAACGUUACUGAAUGCGUUGACGUUUCGUUCGGGUUCUGGGGUGACUGCAUCCGGUGUAAUGGCUGCUAACGGACGAAGAGUAUCUUCUACGAUACUGACAUCGAGAACAGCGUAUGUGCAACAGGAUGAUCUAUUCGUUGGCACUUUGACCGUUAAGGAGCAUCUUUUGUUUCAAGCUAUGGUUCGCAUGGAUCGAAGGAUACCUAUGGAACAGAGAUUCGAUCGAGUACAGCAAGUAAUCAACGAGCUUGCUCUGGGCAAAUGCAAAAAUACGGUGAUCGGACAACCAGGUAGGAUCAAAGGUCUUUCCGGAGGUGAAAUGAAAAGGCUAUCGUUCGCAUCGGAAGUUCUUACCGAUCCGCCGUUGAUGUUCUGCGACGAACCUACGUCAGGUCUUGAUUCUUUUAUGGCGCAUCAAGUGGUUUCCGUAUUGAAAACUUUAACUGCGCGCGGUAAGACGAUCGUCGUUACGUUGCACCAACCGUCGUCGGAACUGUUCGCUCUCUUCGACAGAAUUUUGUUGAUGGCCGAAGGCAGAGUAGCUUUCAUGGGCACAACAUCGCAAGCUUGCACCUUUUUCGAGACACUCGGCGCUGCUUGCCCUAGUAAUUACAACCCGGCUGAUUACUUUGUUCAAAUGUUGGCGGUUGUGCCGGGGCAGGAGACAUCCUGCCGUCACGCGAUAAAUACCGUGUGCGAUACAUUCCAAAAGAGCGAUCAUGGUAUUAAGAUUGCAUUGGAAGCGGAGGCAGUAAACGGCGAAUUCGAGGACUCUCUGCAAGAUACAAAAUAUUCGAAAAAUCAAUCGCCGUAUAAAGCAAGCUGGUGCGAACAAUUUCAUGCAGUUUUAUGGCGUUCUUGGAUAUCGGUUAUUAAGGAACCGAUCCUUAUCAAAGUCCGCCUGUUGCAGACUGUCAUGGUGUCUCUAUUGGUCGGAAUCGUUUAUUUCGAUCAACGGUUAGAUCAAGACGGAGUAAUGAACAUCAAUGGUGCUUUGUUUAUAUUUUUGACCAACAUGACUUUUCAGAAUGUUUUUGCCGUAAUCAAUGUUUUCUGCGCAGAGUUGCCGAUAUUUUUACGAGAACACCGAAACGGUAUGUAUCGUACCGAUGUGUAUUUUCUAUGUAAGACACUCGCAGAAGCACCUAUAUUCAUCGCGGUACCGCUUCUCUUCACUAUCAUCGCUUAUCCCAUGAUUGGAUUGUACCCGGGGAUCGAUCACUUUUUCAUUACCGCUGGUAUUGUUGCGCUCGUCGCAAAUGUUUCCACGUCUUUCGGCUAUUUAAUAUCCUGUGUCAGCAACAACUUAUCCAUGGCGCUAUCUAUCGGACCACCUGUGAUAAUACCGUUUCUGCUGUUUGGUGGAUUUUUUCUAAAUACAGCGUCCGUUCCAUCCUACUUUAAAUGGUUCUCUUAUUUAUCUUGGUUUCGUUACGGUAACGAAGCUCUUCUUAUUAAUCAAUGGUCGCAAGUAGAGUUUAUAGAGUGCACAAGAAGCAACGCGACUUGCCCUAAAUCUGGUCAAAUGGUUUUGCAAACGUUCAAUUUUAAGCAGGAUCAUUUCUGGACUGACAUCGCCUGCCUGUUCGCCUUAAUCGUUGCAUUUCGUUUUUUGGCAUUUUUGGCUUUACUGUCAAAGACUUGGACCAAUUCCAUCACGAUGUACGUUUUAAAAGAAAAUCAGUGGUUUUCCAAAAGUCAAGCUCACCUUACGGAAGAGGAUACGGUUUGUUUGCGAGGUGUGACGCUUACCUGGAGAGACCUUUCUGUAUACGCAAUGAAUCGCGGACGAAAAAACAUGUGCAAGCAAUUAAUCAAUAAUGUGAAGGGUGCGGCCAAACCUGGCGAUCUAACAGCGAUAAUUGGUGCAAGCGGUGCUGGUAAAAGUUCAUUGAUGGCAGCGCUGGCUUUUCGCACCGGACCCGAGCUUUUAAUCCACGGUGAUAUACGAGCAAAUGGAACGCCAGUCGAUUCCUCUUACAUGAUGCAUAACAGUGGUUAUAUGCAUCAAGAGGAUAUAUUUGUCGCAACGAUGACAGUGAUCGAACAUCUUUGGUUUAUGGCUCGAAUGAAACUCGACGGACGUGUACAAGUAUUAGACAUUCGAAGAAAAAUUGACAGUUUAUUGAGAGACGUUGGUUUGACCAGCAGGCGCGAUAUACGAAUUGGUAGUGACACCGACGACAAAGUAUUAUCUGGCGGUGAAAAAAAGAGGUUGUCCUUUGCCACCGAAUUGUUAACAGAUCCGAAAAUAUUGUUCCUGGACGAGCCAACGACCGGACAAGAUUCGCAUUCGGCAAAUUGUUUGAUAUCUCAACUGAAAUCGUUCGCAGCGAAAGGACGAACAGUGUUGUGCACCAUUCAUCAGCCGAGUUCCACUAUAUUCAAUUGGUUCGAUCGAAUAAUAUUAAUUGCUGAGGGUCGAGUUGCGUUUGCAGGUGGAAUCGACCAGGCAGUGGAAUUUUUUGCAAGUCAGGGAUACGAGUGUCCGCGGAAAUACAAUCCAGCAGACUUCCUAAUAGCGAUUGUAGCUACGGGCUCAAAGAACGAGAAUGGUGAAGAAAUAGCUCACGAGAUAUGCGAUGUUUUCUCAACUAGUGAAGCAUAUAACGAAAUCGAUCGUAUAUUAGAAAAUCAGAUGCAAUCGAUGCAUUCUCUGAAUUCUAGAUCGCAAUUACUUUCCGACGACAAAUUUAUUACAAGAAAGGAAGUACGAUAUUGUCCACGGCUUUACUGGUUGAUUUAUCGACACUUUUUGCAAGUUUUGAGAGAUCCAUCGGUACAAAUUAUUCGAAUACUUCAGAAAGUGAGUGUGGCAACAAUCGCUGGUUUGUGCUUCGUGGGUGCUGUAAAUUUUGAUCAGCUCGGAAUUCAAGCUACGCAAGGUGUCAUUUUCAUCUUGGUGUCUGAGAACGCAUUUUUUCCAAUGUACGCCACAUUAGCCCUGAUACCGCAGGAGCUACCGCUUCUUCGAAGAGAGUACCGAGCUGGGAUGUAUCCGGUUUAUCUGUACUAUGCUGCGCGUAUACUUUCUUUGAUACCUGGUUUAAUAAUAGAGCCGCUAUUAUUUGCAACGAUCAUAUAUUGGUUAGCUGGAUUGCGAGAUAACGUCGAAACUUUUGGGUUCACGUUACUUGUGCUCCUACUUACUAUAAACGUAUCGACUGCGUGCGGAUGUUUUUUUUCAACGGCAUUUGAGAGCGUACCGUUAGCGAUGGCUUAUUUAAUACCGUUCGACUAUAUUCUCAUGAUUACUAUGGGUCCUUUUCUCAAACUAGGAUCGUUACCGUUAUACAUCCAAUGGAUUAAAUACAUUUCUUGGUUACUACACUCCAGCGAAGCACUUUCCAUUCUACAAUGGAACGGUGUGCAUAAUAUAUCUUGUGAAACAACUGAUCCUGAAUUACCUUGCAUCACCGAAGGGAUCGAUGUGCUUCAUCGUUAUGACUUUGAUGAAACUAAUUUUUGGAUGGAUAUGCUGUCAAUGGUCGUUAUUUAUCUCGUCUUUCACAUCCUUGCCUGCGUGUGUCUAUGGAAUCGUUGUAGAUGCAAAUGAGAAAGUACUAUAUCAUGAUAUCAAUUACCAUGCUGGCUUGUUUGUAUUCGUUUAAAAUAUAUUCGUGUAUUAAACAAUAGUAAGAAUAAAAUAUGGUUUUAAAAUUCAAA